AUGUCAGAAGUUAUUGCCACUAUGCUACUCUUCCAAUUUGAAGGGGCCUCUGACAUCGUACGACGGGAUAUGGCGAUAGCGUGGUCACCGGUGGUGCUCAUCGAUCUAUCGAUAAUCGAAAUGCUUGUCGGAAUGGUCUGCUGGUAUUCAAGUAAGACCAAGCGGGGCAAUGGUGCUUUGAUGGCAGUCUAUUUGGCGGUGUUACUGAGCUUUGGCAUUGGUCUCUCCGCAUGGAUGUUUCGAAAGUGGCUUUCGCCGAACGAGACCAGUUCUGUAAAUGAAGAAAGGGUCCCGCCGGUCGAAGUGACCCCUUACUCGAAGGUGGUUGUCCCUGAACCGGAGGGGAUGACUGCAGCGAAAUGA